AUGUUGCCUCUCUCUCUGCUUAACGCGGCGCAGAACAAGCCCAUGCUUGUCGAACUCAAAAAUGGCGAAACGUUCAACGGCCACCUGAUCAACUGCGACAACUUUAUGAACAUCACCCUCCGCGAGGUUUACCAGACCUCGGCCGACGGCGAGCGCUUUUGGAAGUUGAAAGAAUGUUACAUCCGCGGGAGCACGAUCAAAUACUUACGUGUACCUGAUACCCUUCUCGACGCCGUUAAGGAGGAGCAGACCCGCGCACGGGAGGCAGGCCGUAGCGCGCGCGGCUCGCAUGUCAGCGGAGGACGCGGAGGCCGCGGCGCGCCGCAAAGAGGUCGUGGUGGGCCACGUGGAGGACCUAUGCGGGGCGGCCGUGGACGAGGUCGGGGGAUGUAG